AUGGAAGAAAAUUCUAUGGCAGAAAACUCAAUAAUAGAAAGCCCAAUGAUAGGAAGCCCAAUGAUAGAAAGUCCAAUAAUAGAAAGCUCAAUGAUAGAAAGCGUGACGGAAGAGAGCCCAACGGAAGGAAGCCUAAUGGAAGAAAGCUUGAUGGAAGAAAACCAAAUGGGUGAAGAAAACGAAAUAGGAGAAAGUUUGGUUUUACGAGAUACUCUAAGAAAACGUAAAAGUAGAAAAAAUGAAUCACCUCAGCGACGUGAAAUUCGUCUUGCACGUGAACGAGAACGAAAAUGGCAAAAAAGGGCAGAAAAUAUGUUACGUAAAUUUGAAGCAGACCUUAUAGAACUUGAAGCAAGUCUUACAGAUAACAGUAACCAAGAUUCCCGGUCAGAAUUUGAUGUGCGUGUGGACGAACUGGAUGUGCAAGAUGAUUAUCUACAAUGUGAAUUUGAUAUAUCUCAAAAUUAUACACCACCUUCUGCAGUUCUUGACGCAUAUGAUGAAAAAACUUUGCCAAAAAAAUUCUCAUAUGAUAAUAAUAUGGAUCCAGGAGAAGUAUCCGAAGAGCUUCAAGGACUUACGGAAAUUGAAGAGAUGUUGAUUGCGCAAGUGUUUCCUAUUAUGGUAAUUUACAGACUUCGUGAAGGACAGCAUGGAUAUAGAGGAAUUAUUAUUAAUUUCUCUCAAGAUGUAGAAGAAUUUACCAAUGCAACAGCCUUUAGAGAUUUUAGAGUUCGUCGAGAUAAAGUUACUUGUGCAUUGCGUUGGCUAAAGAAGAACAAUGAUUAUUAUUCAGACAUUACCAUAGACAAUGAAAAUCUUCAAUUUCUACCAGAAGACGAUUUUAUUGAUGAUCAACUUCGAAUUAAUCAAUUAACAGAUGACGAAUUUAAUAAAGAAACAAGCUCUUUCAUGCAAAAAGUAUCUAAUCAUAAUGAAUCGAAUAAUGAUAUAGAAGGAAAUGAAAUCUCUAAUACUGAA